GUAGAGUGACAACUCUCAGUCGGAAGUUAACGUUGACGCUAAGGCAGCCAUUACAGAUAAUGGCAACUGGAGUUUCUUGGCCUCCUGUCUCCCGUGUGACGUAAUUUUCCCUUCGCCCAAUGUCAUAGUUGCUGUGGGCAACAGUCGAGCGGUCCGGGAAGAGAUGCAUCUUUCCUUCUGCAGGUUUGAGUCAACAGCUUUCAGUCAUCUUGGUAGUAUCGGGUUGGAUGCCUAAAGCUGCGGGGGGAAAAGAAUCAGGAGAACUUUCAGGUUCUUCUGAAUUAAUUUUAGACAUCCAGCUCAGAUACUACAACAGGAGGGAAAAAUUUACAACAUGCAACCUUCCAAUUACCACCACCACUUAUGAAUGAAAGUUGACAAGAUUUGGAUGCUUGUAUGAACUAUCUCAACCUUGUUUCAAUGGAAAGACUCACAGGAAGAAACUGUAUCCUACAAUUCAGAUAUGGCAGAAGUGAAGUCGAUGUUCCGGGAAGUUCUUCCAAAACAAGGGCAGUUGUCUGUAGAAGAUAUAACCACAAUGGUGCUGUGUAAACCCAAACUUUUACCCUUAAAAUCUCUGACUCUGGAAAAACUGGAGAAAAUGCAGCAAGCAGCACAGGAUACAAUUCGUCAACAGGAAAUGGCAGAAAAGGAACAGCAGCAAGUAACUCACUGAAUGAUAACUUGGCACUUCAGCAGAACACCCUACACUUUCCUUACUGUUGACAACAGCUAGAAAAUAAUCUGCAUCUGUACGCUGAAAACAGUAACUUAAUAAAAGAUUGUAUU